GAGGUUGUACCAUGACUUUGGCGAGGGCGUCCAGCGAGGUGAGCGAGGUGAGCGAGCCCAGGGACGAGGAGGCUGGCCAAUCGUUCCGGCUGCUGGAGAACAGUCUUGCGCUAGCGCGCCGCCAGCUCGCGGUCCAGACCUCACUCCUCGGCGACGCGCAGCAACGGGUGGAGAUGCUGGUGGGCCAGCAGCAGCAGCUGGUGGGCGCCGCGCCCGCCCACGCGGCGGACUCUGCCGCGGCCGACGCGGCGCCGGUGCUCGCUCGUGCGGACGCGACGAUGGUGGACUCGGACACCAAGGUUGCGCGGUUGCGAGAGCUGCUCGGCGCGGCGGUGCGCGCCCGGUCGGAGCAGGCCAGCGAGCUGGCCAGCCUCCGCGCGGACCUCUCCGCGGAGCGCUCUGCGGCCGGCUCGCUGCGAGCGCAGCGGAGGCGCGAGCUUGCGCAGCUGCAGGAGGCGGAGUUGCGGGUGGAGCAGCUGAGCGAGGAGCUGGGCGCGCUGCGCGCGGACUCGCAGGAGCGCGUGCGCGUGCUCGAGGGCCGCAUUGCGGACAUGGAGGAGGCGGAGCAGAAGCGAGUGGCGCUCGAGGAGGCCCUUGCGGCGGCAGGCCCUCCGCCCGACGCGCCGCCGGUCGCGGUGAUUGCAGCCCCGGCGACAGCCGCCGCGGACUCCGGCGUCCCGCCCGGUGGGUUCGAGCUCUAGACGGCCUUGUCGACAUUCGUUCGCGCGCCCCGUCAUCUUGAGGCGUUAUGCGUCAGCUUCACGUGUGAGCCUGGCGUGGUUGCUCGCCGUGUGACGGUUGACACCAGACGGAGACGCAGACGCACGGCCGCGGGUGGUAGUACGUGCGUCGUGCGUCUUUUUGCUGUUUGCUCGAGUAUAAACAUGAAACGGAAGCAUGG